CCAGCACUUCCAGUCGGGUUAUCGUGUGGCCGCCAUUAUGGUUUGUUCUUUAGCGGAGCCCCCAUAAAGGAGCUGUUUAAAAGGUGAGAACAGUAUGAAACAAAGCUUGAUAAUACUAUGAGUUUCAAUCGAGUGACAGCAAUUGAGCUCUGUGAAAAUGACGAUUUGGCGACUAGUUUGGUGCUUGACCCAUAUUUGGGGUUCAGAACCCACAAAAUGAAAAUUAGUCCAAUGCCUUCUAUAAGGAGGCAACAUCAUUUGCGUGAAGCACUCCAAACAUUCCGUAAGAAAAAGGACCUGGAUGAAGCAUUUCGACAUCUUACAACGGGAGAAUGGGCCAAACAAUACUUCCAGAACCGUACAAAACAGCAAGAACUCACACUUAAGACGCAUAUGUUCCGUUAUCUGCGGAUGUUCCUCCCGGAAAGUGGCUUCAUGAUACUUUCCUGUAAUCGUUAUUCACAGGAAACCAAUGGAGCCAAAGUAGUAUCUACAAAGUCAUGGACAAAGAAUGAAAAAAUUGAACUGCUUGUUGGGUGUAUAGCUGAGCUAACCAAAGCAGAUGAAAGCCUCCUUCGUUUUGGUGAUAACGACUUCAGUGUCAUGUACUCCACUCGAAAGAGAUGCGCACAGCUCUGGUUAGGGCCUGCUGCUUUCAUCAAUCAUGACUGUCGGCCGAACUGCAAGUUUGUGCCAACAGAGCGAAACACUGCUUGCGUGAAAGUUCUCAGGGACAUUAAGCCAGAUGAAGAAAUUACAUGCUUCUAUGGAGACAGCUUUUUUGGAGAAAAGAAUGAAUUGUGUGAAUGCUGCACAUGUGAGAGAAAAGGUGAGGGGGCUUUUAAGUUUCAUAAAAAAGAUCAUCCUGAAUCUACCUCAUUGGAGAAAUACCAGUUCAGAGAGACUGAUGGCCGCUUGCAAAGGUUGAGAAAGUGCAAUUGCAAACCAAAUUUACAUGGUGCUGGGCGACGAAAGAGCCACCACGGCUCAAAAACAAGGCGAUCACCGAGCCUGAAAAAGAGUCCAACAAACUGCAGAAACACAGCUCUUUUUCCAAGACUUGGGUCCUCACCUGUUUGUCCUCGUUCCCAAACUUAUUGUGUUAACUCAUUGAGGUACUCUCCCUCUAAUGGCAUAAAUCCAGUUUUGCCAAUGAAGGUAGCACUGCCAGAGGGGACUAUUUUGAAAGAUGUGCGUAUCAUCCUCCAUAAUUACAGAAGGUGUAACGAUUGCUCCCAUUUCCAGAGGACACAUGACGGUCAGUGCUGUAAACUAAGAAAAGAGCCUGUAGUGUCUCUUCGACGACAAACUAUCAGUCCUGAUAAAAUGGUUGGACAGUCAAAUGGGCAAGUCCAAGAUUCUGAAACUGUUACUGAUGAAAAUGCCAAAGAUGGAUCUUUGCAUAAACCAUAUUUAGAAGCAAAUAUGUUGGGAGAGGAUGAUAUAGAUGUGUGGAGUGAAGGUGAGUCUUUGUGCUCUUUUCCAAGUUUUGAAUUUCAACCUGACAGAGGUGCCCCAGGCUCUGUUUGUGAAGAAGAUGUUCCAAUGCCAUUGUUGGAAAGUGACACAUUACCUCCUGAUUUUGAGAUUGCUUUAGUACCUGUUGGCUCUUUAGCUGCGAACACUCCAUGCCUGGCCAAUGAUGCAAAGUUCCCAAAAUCUAGCACCCUUUCAGCCAAACAAUUUGGGUUAACUCACUAUGUUACUGUCAACCUUGGCAAACGUAUUGUGCGAGAGCCUGAGAGUUUGAAGUCGGUUGACUCAAUUGUAAACUGUACAUAUGCAACAUAUAAUCCCAGUUUACUGAAGACUCAACAGGACCAUUUAAAAUGUCAAAUGUUUAGGGUGACCUCUGAAGCACACAGCCACCUAGAUGCUGAAAACGUGGGACCUCUGCCAUCAAACAAGCCAUAUACGAGCAAAAUCUUCUCUCUGAGAUCCAGACGGGUGAUGUUUAAAGAGAGAUUGGAUGCAAGUAGCAAAAUAGACUUGAAACUAAAUAAAAGAACAUGUGUUAAGCCAGGUCAAAGUCACCUGAACCUUAAUGGGCAUGUGAAGACUCAGACUGCUCAUAGCAUACCUCAUCAACUUAGAGAGAGUGAGCCCAGCUCUCUAAUUGACUUAGAUCCCAAAUUGUCUCUAAAGCCAUAUGUUGAGCUGGGUUUGAACAACCACCUGCAGCGGAAGCUCUCAGGUACUGGAGGAAUUCCUAACUCUGUGCUGACUGCAGAUGGGGCUGCUAACCAUUUAAAGCAGGAAAGCAGCUUGAAGAAAUCCAAACAUUUAAUGGUAAAUAAAAAAAAGAAUGUGACUUUCAGUCCUUUCACACCUUCCAAGAGACUACGUCUUGUGGUUAAUCACGGAUCCAUAGACUUGGAUGUUGCAUCCACAUCGAGUGAAGAAGCUAGUUGAAGAGCCUUAUUGACUUAUUUGUUUCCUUUUAAGCUGCAUAGUGUCAUGUCAUGAUUACAUUGACCUGAGCUAUAAAAGGAGUUUACUGGUGCUGACUUGUCAGAAUAUUUUGUUUGGGGUGGGUGCUACAUUCUUUUCUUUCCUGUGUUUUAUAUUUUUAUGUAAUAGCCAGUACUAAUAGUCUCCAACUUUUCACAGAUAUAUUGUAAGGAUUUAAAUACUGAUUUGCCUUAGUCUUGAACAUGGGUGGAAACAAUUUUAAAUAACCUUGUAUGAAUUGUUUAUUAAAGAUAAGAAAAUGA